CUCAUCUUCAACUUAUUCAUUUAUAACCACAUUCAUUCAUCACAUCCGAUGACACGCCAACUGACUUUGGGCCUUGUUGGGCUCAUUGCACUGUCCUCAGCUGUGAGCAUGGUGCAUGCGACAAAAGAGGCGACCCCUGACAGCGCCAUUGACGAUGUGGAGAUUCCAACCUUCAAGUCCACCAAAAUCGAAGCGCCAUUUCUAGAGCAAUUUACCUACGGUUGGCCCCAAAACUGGCACACGAGCAAUGCAACCAAGGAGUCCUCUGAUAACGGCGAAAUCUUUAGCUAUGUUGGGCAAUGGUCCGUCGAAGCACCUCAUGUGUUUUCUGGAAUGAAAGACGAUCUGGGAUUGGUCGCCAAGACACCUGCUGCUCAUCAUGCUGUCUCUGCUUCGAUCUCUAAACCGAUCGACAACACAGAAAAAACUCUCGUAGUGCAGUAUGAGGUCAAGGCUCAAAACGACCUCGUCUGCGGUGGUGCUUAUAUGAAGCUUUUGACAGAUUCAAAUGAUGGCAUCAAGUUUAAAGAAUUCUCCAAUGAAACGCCUUACACCAUUAUGUUCGGCCCUGAUAAAUGUGGUACAACCGACAAAGUGCAUUUUAUCUUUCGUCACAAGAACCCAAUCACAGGCGUCUAUGAAGAAAAGCAUUUAGAAUCUGCUCCGCAAUCAAAAGUGGGUCGGAUCACGAGUCUCUACACGUUGGUCGUUAGGCCUGAUCAAACAUUUGAAAUCAAGAUUAACAACCAGGUUAUGUCGUCAGGUUCUCUGUUGGAGGAUUUCAAGCCUCCGGUGAACCCUCCUAAGAUUAUUGACGACCCCAAGGACAGUAAACCUACAGACUGGGUCGAUGAAGCCAAAAUUCCUGACCCUAAUGCACGUAAGCCAGAUGAUUGGGAUGAGAACGCUCCUCCUAAAAUCCCUGAUGAAAAGGCUACAAAGCCUGAUGAUUGGCUUGAAAGCGAGGAAACCGAGAUCCCCGACCCAGAAGCUGUCAAGCCAGAGGAUUGGGACGAUGAUGAGGAUGGUGAUUGGGUCGCACCUUUGAUCUCCAACCCAAAAUGUCAAGGUCGAGGUUGUGGUCCAUGGAUUCGUCCUCUGAUCUCUAACCCGAACUAUAAAGGCAAAUGGUCGCCACCAAUGAUCGAUAAUCCAGCCUAUAAGGGUGUUUGGGCACCUCGCAAGAUCCCCAAUCCCAACUUCUUUGAGGACCUGCAACCUUCCAGAUUUGAGAAGAUUGGUGCUGUCGGAUUUGAGAUCUGGACAAUUCAAAAUGACUUGUUGUUUGAUAAUAUCUAUAUUGGACAUUCAGUAAAGGAUGCGGAAACCCUAGCAGCGGAAACAUGGGAGGUCAAGUAUGCUGUGGAGAAGCAAUUGGAGGAACUGGCCAACCCAACAAAAAAGAAUGAAGAUUCAAAGGAAAAGAGCAAGGAUAAAGAGCUAACUUUAGAAGAGAAUCCGGUCGCUUUUAUUUUGCAAGAUCUGCGCGAGUUCUUCGCGAUGCUGCGAAAAGAUCCUUCGAACGCGGUCAACACUAAUCCCUUGUCGGUCUUUGUACUGUCAGGCAUCGUUGGUGUCGGGUUUGGGUUAAUGUUGAUUAUUCUCGGUCUGAAGAGCGGUGUUUCCAACGAGUCAGCGACUGCCCAAACCAAGAAAUCGGAUAUGCCUACUGCAGACGAUAAGAAGCAGGGAGGGGAAGACGAAGAUGCAAGUGCAAGUGGCUCAGCAAUUAGCGCUAACACCACAGAUGAACAGCCUGUGCGCCGGAGGACCAAUGUAGCAGGAGAUGCUGAAUAAGAGUAGUAUUAUGCUGCUUAUAAAAAAAAAAGAACCCGUGAUCCGCAUUCUUCCUUUUCUUUUUCUUUAUUCACUCACAGUAAAUGUAAAAAAAAUAAAUUAAUAAAAAAUGGC